AUCGCCAUCCCGCCAUAUUGACUGGGAAGGGAGCGGAGGAACGGCGAAAAGGAAGAAUCUAGCUGUUCUGGCUCCCUCUUCGUCGUCGUCUCGAGCGGCUUACGAACGGAAACGAAGAAAGAAGGAGGCCAGAAACAGCGGAGUGGGAUUCAUUUAUGUACCGGACGCCUUAAACAGUGUUUAUCAGCAGCCGAACAAGAAGGAAGCGAGCGAGGUAGUCGACGUCGCUGGGGCUCGUCCGCUGACGAUGACUUCGCUGACCCAGAGGAGCUCGGGCCUGGUGCAGAGGCGGACCGAGGCCUCGCGCAGCGCCUCCGCCGACAAGGACAAGGGCUCCGGGGACGAGGACUACGAGUCCCGGCGCCGCGACGAGCAGGACGACGACGACAAAGGGGACUCGAAAGAAACGCGCCUCACGCUCAUGGAAGAGGUGCUGCUUCUCGGACUGAAGGACCGCGAGGGUUAUACGUCAUUCUGGAAUGACUGCAUCUCAUCAGGGCUCCGAGGCUGCAUGCUCAUCGAGCUGGCUUUGCGGGGUCGACUGCAGCUGGAGGCCUGCGGAAUGAGGCGGAAAAGUCUACUGGCCAGGAAGGUCAUCUGCAAGUCAGAUGCUCCAACAGGAGAUGUCUUGUUGGACGAGGCUCUGAAGCACAUCCGUGAGACCCAGCCACCUGAGACAGUACAGAGCUGGAUUGAGUUGCUAAGUGGUGAGACAUGGAAUCCUCUGAAAUUACACUACCAGCUGCGCAAUGUGCGUGAGCGCUUGGCCAAAAACCUUGUGGAGAAGGGUGUUCUCACCACAGAGAAACAGAACUUCCUACUCUUUGACAUGACCACGCACCCGCUAACCAACAACAAUAUCAAGCAGCGACUCAUCAAGAAGGUGCAGGAAGCUGUGCUAGACAAGUGGGUUAAUGACCCCCACCGCAUGGACAAACGGCUGCUGGCCCUCAUCUUCCUUGCCCACUCGUCUGAUGUGCUGGAGAAUGCCUUUGCCCCUCUUCUGGACGACCAAUAUGACCUGGCCAUGAAAAGAGUACGGCAACUGCUGGACUUGGACCCCGAAGGCGAGAGCAUGAAGUCCAACACAAACGAUCUCCUCUGGGCCGUAGUGGCAGCCUUUACCAAAUGAGUGAAUGGCAUUUUGGACCGGUAUGUUGGGAGUGCUGCUGCUGAUAGUGGUAGUGGCACAGUGUUACCCUUCUGCAGACAUCAUUCUGUCACAUUCUCUUGGCUUGUAGAUACACCUUCCCACUUCACACCCCUCCAUGAGCACUGUGAGGCCCUGUUUUUUUUUUUUUUUUUUUUUUUUUCCCCCCCAUUUUAUUUUUUUUUUUUUAAAUAUAUAUCAGUCUCAUUUCUAGUCUCACCAGUGAAACUGAAAGCACACACUAGUGUUUUUUUAACUCCUUUUCAUACUUGCUCUUUAAAAUAUGGGAGAUUUUGACCUCUUAAGAUGAACAUCUAAAGGUGUCAAGUGUUUCUUCUUUGGACAUUAUCCUAUCAAUUGAGAUUUUGAGCAUGUGAUAUUGUCACAUUGUGCUGAUGAGAAGGCUGUUGACAGCAGUCUUUCUGUUGUGCGUUGUGUGACGUGCAACUGAGAACCUUUCAAUUCUCAAACUGCCACAUUUGUCAUGACAAAUUAAAUUUCUUCCUAGGAACAUCACUUAUUCACAAAAAUAUGUGAAUUACAUUUAUGGCCUCUGUAAGGAAGGUUUCUGCUAGUGUUUGCUAUAAUGUUGACACAUUCUAUGAUUGUUUUCAUAAAUAUCAUAAUUAAUCAGUAAUAAAAAAUUCAGAAAAGAGAUUUAGCCAACCAGCUGCUUGUUGCCUACACAUCUGUUUAAAUUGCGCAAUCAUGGAGGGGGAGACAUUCCGAAGUAUAUUGUAAAUAGUUUACCUUGUAUUCAAACACUUGUCCCUGUGGCCAGUGACGCUGACCCGAAAAGUAUCUGGCUUCACUUGGGUUUCAUGUGACCUUCAGGGUGCUGUGGCUGGCCUUGUCUGCCAGUUCCACAAUAACUCUACAGUUGGCUCUUAUCCCCUGUUGUGUCUACCCAGUGUUUUGUACGAGAGAGGUUAUUUUAAAUUUGCCUUUGACCAUCUUCCUGUCUCUUCUUUUUUCAAGUUUAUAACACUGAUGCAAUUUCAACAACUGCUUUUAUGAACUUCAUAUCCAGCUCUUGAUUUUAUGCUGCAUUUUUUCAUUUAAUUUUGUAUUCUUUAACUUCUGUUGCAUCUUUUCUGUUUAUGUACCUAUUAUCUCUUACUGCCUGCUUUGUUGUAGCUACAUCAGGGUUAUAUAGACACUGAUUUAGGGCAUAUUUCAUUCAUGACAGGGGUUUACAGUUGUCUGACAUUUUUCUUUUAUGUUGAUAAACUUUUGGAAUAAAACAAAUACUAAAUAAUGUAUAACUAGACUUGAAAUUAAAGGGAACCCUAUUCUGUAUACUUGCUUUUUACCAUACAAUAAACUAAGAUCUUGAA